UUUCGCCGGUUGUGGUCGCGGACGAGUCGCAUACUUCCAACAUUUACGUGUUUUUUCGGUUAUUAAACCAUCCUUUUUACCAAAUUUGUAUCUCUGAUAGUUUAGUCUAUUUACACCGAAAAUGCUGGGAUCUGUUGUACUUCUUAGGAGGCUGGGAACUCCAACCCAAACGAGACGAUUGUUGUCUCUGUCGGCCAAGAGCAAUAAAAAAGUAGCAGUUCUUGGUGCAGCUGGUGGCAUCGGCCAGCCAUUGUCGCUUCUCCUCAAGAACAACCCAAUGGUCAGCAGCCUUGCGCUGUUCGAUGUGGUCAAUACACCCGGUGUUGCUGCAGAUCUCAGUCAUAUUGAAACUCCAGCUAAAGUUGCUGGUUACCAGGGAAAUGAACAACUACAGCAAUGCUUAGAGGGAUGUCAACUGGUUCUCAUCCCUGCCGGAGUACCAAGGAAACCUGGAAUGACGAGAGAUGAUCUGUUCAACACAAAUGCAUCUAUCGUCAGGAAUCUGAGUGAAGCUGCCGCUAAAUACUGUCCCAAAGCCAUCAUGGGAAUCAUCACAAAUCCAGUAAACUCAACUGUACCCAUCUGCUCCGAGGUCUACAAGAAAGCCGGAGUGUACGAUCCCGCCCGCAUUUUUGGUGUGACCACCUUGGACAUUGUGAGAUCAAACACGUUUGUCGCUGAGUUGAAGGGGCUUGAUGUUGCUACUACCUCUGUGCCGGUCAUCGGAGGUCACUCUGGAAUCACUAUCAUCCCUCUUCUCUCACAGGCACAGCCCCCUGUUUCGUUCUCCGAUGAAGAGUUGGAGAAGUUAUCUGAUCGUAUCCAGAAUGCAGGAACCGAGGUUGUUAAUGCCAAGGCAGGCGCUGGAUCUGCAACAUUGUCUAUGGCUUUUGCUGCUGCAAGAUUUGCUUCCUCGGUUUUGGAAGCUCUGAACGGCAAAGCAGGCGUCGUGGAGUGUGCAUACGUCAAGUCUGACAUCACAGAGGCUUCAUACUUCGCCAAUCCAAUCUUGCUUGGGAAAAAUGGUCUUGAGAAGAAUUUGGGCUUCGGCAAGCUGUCAGAUUAUGAACAAAAACUUCUUACUGAAGCCAUGGGCGAACUCAAGGGGAACAUCGCUAAAGGUGAAGAGUUUGUGAAGGGCAACUAGAAAGCGUCAGUCCAAUACCAUAGCGCUAAUUAUAUUAAAUCAACCGUAUCCUUGAGGGCGCUCUACACGAGGGCACUCUACAGAUAAACAUAUCCGGAUAGUAAGUACGAUUGGAAUGUAGUAUAAUGAAAACUGACAAACACAAAUGGGUUCUUCAUUCUACAAAUGACUGCCAUACUAGGAUAUAAUGUCAAAAUAAAGCCAAAUUGAUUUUUUUCUGGCGUUUUAAACAACUUUAAUUUGCCAUAAAAGGGUUUGGUCGGUGGUGUUGAAUUCUUAGACUUGAAAAGCCGUCACCAUUUUCUCAACUGAGAACACAGUAAAAAAUUGUUUCUUGAAAUCAUUUCAUUAUAUUCUGGCGUUAUAAAUUUGAUUGAAAUUUUCUUUGAUGGUGUUUUGUGUUUCACAUUGCAGCUUAUCCCUCUUAUUGUGUGGGGUCUUUUUAUUUGAGUUUACUGACAAAUUUCUACUAAAUUUACUGCCUGGGACUGUGGGCUUUCUGGUCUUGGAUUUUAUGUUUGAAGAGGCCACUACAAAAGCAGAAAUACUGUAGGAACAAGUGAAUAACACAAAAGCCAACAGCAGAGUAAAUCUCAGUUCAAACUUCCUGUAAAUGCUUCUUGCGAAGUGAAUUUGACAUAACAGCUCUGUUUUUGCACAACUCUAUGGAAUUGUUAGUCAAAACUCGCCUCCCAUUCGCAGGAAGUAAAAACUGGCCUUUACAAAUUUUCUUUCAAAACUUCAAUGAUUGGUUUGGCUCAGCUCAGGUACAUUUUCUAACUAAGGUUUUGGGGGCAAAAGUUUACAUCAUUCAGCGGUAGGUGGCCACCCAUUGACAUUUUAUUGACGUUCUUACCUCUGAAUCGCCCACCAGUCAAAAUAAGGGUAGUUUUAUAUCUUAUGAAAUUUAGCAUCUUAAAAAUGUUUGUGUGAUGUGAAUAAUAAUAAGCCGCAUUAUAGAUAGCGUAUGAAAAUUUACCUAAUUUAUGCUCGCGUAAAAACUUGCUUCUAAUUGUUUGUAAGGUGUAAUUUAUGAUGUGGAAUCUUCAAGAGAUAGAUAUUUUCAAAGAUAUUUAUGCAUAGUUUUGAAAACUGCAGUUAAACAAAAACGAGUUUGCUCUUUUUCUAAUAUCUGAUUACAAAUUGGGAUAUUAAGAUUCAAAAGUGUAUGCAAUAAUUACAGAUAAAGUUAUUCACUUUACUUCUAGACAGAUCGGUAUAAUCUUUUUAAUCUAAAAUUAAAAAUAUUAUUUGUUUUUCGUGAUCUUUCAUUGUACUUACUAGUGAUUGUUAGACUAUUUAUGAUUUCUUUUAAUGGAUACAACAUGGCAGAAAUAAUAAACAACAAACUUGUUUUACUUUGAAUAGAUUUUUAUUGCCAGUGAUUUCUUGGAAGUACUGUGACAGCCCUUUCCUUUAUAAAAAAAGUCCAGCUUUGAAACAGUAUUUUCUUGUAAUAGUGUCUGAAAAAAAUUAUAUAAAACAGAAAUUUGAUUUUGUUUUAGAAACAUAAAUACUGUUAUACUUAACAUAACAUUGGAAUAUUUCAACUCGGGUCAUGAUCUUUACUCUGGUUACUUUUUGGUUGAAUAGAAGCAGGGCCCAAUUUCAUUGAGCUGCUUAAUGGUCGAUUUUGUGCUUACUGUACGUUUUCAAUUUCAUAGCGCUGCCAACUGUAAGCACACAAAAAGGUGUGCUAACCUUCCAAUGCUUACUGCAGGAAAAAGAAUGACGUCACAAUGCAAAUCCAUGGUGAAUGUGUAAGCUGUGAAAUACAUUUAAACCUUCUGUUAAAGGAAGCAGUUUGCUUACUGUCAUAAAACUUGUAAGCACAACAGUUCGCUAAACACAAUCAGGUUAGCAGCAAAAAUUACUUUAAGUUUGCAUUGUUCUGGCUGGUGCCCAAUCAAUUUUUGCUUAGUAAAGAAAUUUGUCAAGCAGUAUUAU